AUGGAACAUCAUUACGAACCAGAGGGAGUGCCAUUCUCCCAGAGACCCAUUGUGGUUCUAGGAGCAGGGAUCAUUGGCUGUGCAACUGCCCGGCAAUUACUGAGGGAUGGGUUUCCAGUCGUGUUAGUCGCCGAAUAUUUGCCGGGAGAUCAGCACAUCCAAUACGCAUCGGCGUGGGCAGGAGCCGCAUGGCAUGCCGCUGGCGGCAUCACCCCCGAUCAACGAUACAUCCAAGCGGUCACCCACCGCAUACUGCUGAAGAUGGCCCAGGAGGGCCCGGAGUCCGGCGUGAGCGUUGUCAACGCACGAGAGUACCUCGAACAAAAGCCUGCCCCGGACUCGGCCAUAUGGGGCAGGACUGUGGUUUCCAAGUUCCGUGAAAUGCAUACUAGCGAAUACCCUUCUGAUUUUAACUGCGCCUGGGCCUACGAGACACUCGUCACAGAUCCAACUAUCCACAUGCCCUAUCUAGGGAAACAAAUCACAUCGCUGGGAGGCCAAUUUAUCCGACAACGCGUUGAAUCUCUACAAGAGCUGUAUGACAUGUUCCCGGAGUCGCGGGUGUUCAUCAACGCCAGCGGAUGGGGCAGCAAGAAUUUGACGGACGUGAAAGAUGAUAAUUGCUUCCCAGAGCGUGGGCAGAAUGUCUUUUUAACCACUGAUCGAUGCGACACAAUGUAUUUCCGGAACGGCCAGGAAUAUACCUACGUGAUCCCUCGGCCAUUUUCCAAGGGAGUUGUGCUGGGCGGAGUCAAGCAGCAGGAUAAUCUGUCACCCGAGGUUGAUUUGGAUAUUGCGCAGGAUGAGAUUGCGCGCGCGCAUCGGUUAGCUCCCGAAAUCGUCCCCGAGCACCCAGGUGCAGAUGCGGUCAGUCACAUUAUUGGAAUCCGGCCUUCCCGAAAGGGAGGGUUUCGUUUGGACUCGGAGCGCCGAGGAGAUCACGUCGUUGUCUCCGCGUAUGGAUUUGGUGGUGGUGGGUACGCUUUCUCCUAUGGAAUUGCAGAUGCAGUGGUCAAGAUGGUUGAAAAGGCAGAGCGAGACAGUGUCAUCGUAUAG